AUGGUUGAUUCGGAAGACAUAUUCUACCUCGUGGAUACAAAUCGAAACAAUUUAGGGAAAUGGCUUCCUUGGGUUAAAAACACCAAUUCAGUUGAAGAUUCCAUGGAAUUUGUGGGAAAAAGUAUUGAAGAGUUCGAAAAAGGUAACAGAUUCGAGUAUGGUUUGUACCUUGAAAAUGAUAACGAUCAAACUAAGGGGAAUUUGAUCGGUGCAGUUGGAUUGGUCAGUGUUGAAAAAGAUGAAGCGGAGAUUGGAUACUGGCUUUCAAAACAAAGAGAGGGAAAAGGAUUUAUGGUGACAGCAGUAAAGGAAUUGAUUAAUGAGAGUCAGCAGGUGCUUGGCCUAACGAAGUUUGUCAUAAAGACGGUAGAAAAUAACUUGAAGAGCAGAAGGAUACCAGAAAAACUUGGCUUCGUCGAGACGGGUUUCUCCAAAGAACAAGUUAUACUAGAUGAUGUUCCUAGAAAAUUAACAGUUUACCAGCUGGUUUUAGAUCAAGAUUUAAAUAGCUGUACCAAUGACUGA